AUGGACACAACCGUUGACUUCAGUCCCUACCGCGCCGAUGGCAAGCUUUAUCGUGGCCAGUACGGCUUCGUCUGCGUGGUCACAGGCGCUGCUCAGCCAGUCGGACGGGCCAUCAUCGAGGAGCUGGCAGCAUGCGACAAGACAGCCAGUGACGAGACGUUUAAGCCUCUCGUCACCAAGGUGCACCAAGAGCACCCAAACACCAAGAUCAUUCCCUACCCAUUCAACGUUGCCAAGGAAGAAGAGACUCUAGUUCUCAUUGACGAGCUUCUCAACGCCUUUGGGCGCCUCGACAUCUGGGUGUCAUCCGCAGGCCUGCUAGGGCCCCCGUCCAUCAACGAAACGACACCGGCCGACCUCCAGCGGUGCUUCGAGGCGCAUUCCAUGGCGCCCUUCUUCGCGCUCAAGUAUGCGCCCCCCGCCAUGGCUAAACUGACGGAGAAGCAAUCGUACCCGAACGCGGCGCCAAAGAGCCAAAAGUACGGCAGCAUCAUCGUCAUCAGCAGCGUGGCAUCGACGUACGGCGGGUGCUGGGGGCCGUGCUACACGAUGGCGGCCCACGCCGCGCUCGGUGUCGUGAAGGCCGGCGUUGCGGUGCUCAAAGGCUCGGGAGUGAGGAUCAACUGCAUUUCUCCGGGCCAGAUCGAUGUUGGUCUAGAUUUGAACGGGGUGAGAAUGCCCUACUUCACCAAGCUGAGCUGA